GAAAUAAAAGUAGAAAAGUGCGUUUGUUGUUGGCCAACGUGCCUGUGCGUGCGUGUGCGUGUGUGCAGCUAGUGCAAUCAAGUGCAGUAGACGGCGCACACAAUAGAUUACGCUCACUCAGUGUGGGCGCCAUCUGUAGCAACAGAGACAGCAACAGCAACAGGAACAGGAAAAGCCACAACAGCAAUUGCAAUUGCAAUCCAAUUCACAGCGUUCUGCAAAUAUGUCUUCGAAUAAUCAAUCGAGCGGCGUCGCUGCCCAAGUGGCAACAAGUGCCAACCAGCGAGGUGGCAACGCCACCAACUCCACGGAUGCCACAGACACGCAGCAUGGCAGCAGCAAUAGCAGCAGCAGCAACAAUAAUGCCAGUGCCAAUGCCAACGCCUCCGCCACGGGCAAUGCCACAGCGAGCAGUAACAGCAACUCGAAUGCCGCCAGCGUUGGCCACGAUAGUCCCACGCAUAAGGCGCAUGGCGGCCAUGCAGCGGUCAACACCAAAGAACGAGUUGUCGACAGCGUUCCAUUUCCACCAAGUCACAAGCUGACGCUAGCUGAGGUAUUCGAUACGCGCACCGGCAAACCGAAUCACGAGCUGCUGAAACAGCAUUUCAUCUUGGAGGGGCGUAUCGAGGAGGCGCCAGCAUUGCGCAUCAUUCAGGAGGGCGCCGCUCUGUUGCGGCACGAAAAGACAAUGAUCGAUAUUGAGGCGCCGGUCACUGUUUGCGGCGAUAUACAUGGCCAGUUCUAUGAUCUCAUGAAGCUCUUCGAGGUGGGCGGAUCGCCGGCAACAACAAAGUAUCUGUUCCUGGGCGACUAUGUGGACCGAGGCUACUUUAGCAUUGAGUGCGUUCUCUAUUUGUGGUCGCUGAAGAUCACGUAUCCGCAGACGCUGUUCCUGCUGCGCGGCAACCACGAGUGCCGGCAUCUGACCGAGUACUUCACCUUCAAACAGGAGUGCAAGAUCAAAUACUCGGAGCGCGUGUACGACGCGUGCAUGGAUGCGUUCGACUGCCUGCCGUUGGCUGCGCUGAUGAACCAGCAGUUCCUCUGCGUGCACGGCGGACUGUCGCCCGAAAUACACGAACUGGAGGACAUUAGGCGGCUCGAUAGAUUCAAGGAGCCGCCCGCCUUUGGCCCCAUGUGCGACCUGCUGUGGUCCGAUCCGCUCGAGGACUUUGGCAACGAGAAGAACUCGGACUUCUACACGCACAACUCGGUGCGCGGCUGUUCGUAUUUCUACAGCUACGCCGCCUGCUGCGACUUCCUGCAGAACAACAAUCUGCUGUCGAUCAUACGGGCGCACGAGGCGCAGGACGCCGGCUACCGCAUGUACCGCAAGAGCCAGACCACCGGUUUCCCCUCGCUGAUCACCAUCUUCUCGGCGCCCAACUAUCUCGACGUGUACAACAACAAGGCGGCGGUACUCAAGUACGAGAACAACGUGAUGAACAUCCGGCAGUUCAAUUGCUCGCCGCAUCCCUACUGGCUUCCCAACUUCAUGGACGUGUUCACCUGGUCGCUGCCCUUUGUCGGCGAGAAGGUCACCGAGAUGCUGGUGAAUGUGCUGAACAUCUGCUCCGACGAUGAGCUCAUGACCGAGGAGAGCGAGGAGCCGCUCUCGGACGACGAGGCGGCGCUGCGCAAGGAGGUCAUACGCAACAAGAUACGCGCCAUUGGCAAAAUGGCGCGCGUCUUCUCUGUGCUGCGCGAGGAGUCCGAGUCAGUGCUGCAGUUGAAGGGGCUGACGCCUACGGGCGCCCUGCCCCUCGGCGCUCUCUCUGGCGGCAAGCAGUCCCUCAAGAAUGCCAUGCAGGGCUUCUCGCCCAACCACAAGAUUACCUCAUUUGCGGAGGCCAAGGGACUCGAUGCGGUCAACGAGCGGAUGCCGCCGCGCCGAGAUCAGCCGCCCACGCCCAGCGACGAUCAUCAGCAUCCGCAUCCGCAUCAGCAUCAUAGUCAGGGCAACAAUGGAGCGGCGCAUGGGUAAAUAAACAGCGCGAAUGGCAACGGCAACGGCGCGGGAGGGACAACAGGAGUCGGUGGCUUCAGUGCGGGCGCCGAUUACGGUCGGUAGUACUAAUACCUGUUGUCGGAUCAGAUGUGUUGUGGUGUGUAUGUGUGACUGGGUGUGUUGGCUGUGCGCACAGAGCAUGUUCUGAGCACGUGCACGUGGGCGGACACAGUAUGUUCCCUCACCCACACACAGACUCGCCCACCCACACACACGUACACACCCUGAAACACACACACAUGCGAGAGCAUGCAUAUAAUAUUUACAUACAAUAUCUACAUAUAAACAUAAUAAUGUUACAAAGAUUUGUCGUUUUAGCUAAAACAUCAUUCGUAAUAAUUGUAAUACACAAAUACAUACUUACUUUAAUGAUAAGCAAAAAGGUCAAAGGCGAGGUAACAAAGGAAUAGUUGAACAAUUGGAGCAGAGCUGAUCAGAAUACAUAUAUAUAUAU